UAAAUUUCGGCAGUCUGCGUUUUAUUAAAAAAUCAAUCUCUUACUUUGGAUCAUCCUAAAGAACGUUAACCCACCCACAUAUUUGAAAUGCAACCAUUAAGUUAGUAAUAUAAAGUUAUUUAAAAAAAAGAAGGGGUGUUGAAUGAGUGUUAUGAAUGAUACGAAUAUUAGUAUUUUGAAAAAAUGGAUAAUAAGAAACAUAAAGAUAUUUUGCUGAAGAUUGCAGAUAAUCUGUUGGGUAAAGAUGUUGAAGCAAUUAAAUUUUAUUAUUCACAUCAAAUUGGCCAUGGUCAGCUUGAAAGAAUUAAAACUCCUAUUGAAUUAAUUCAAACUUUAGAACAUCGUAUGCUUCUAGGGAUUGAUAACUAUGAUGAUUUUGUUGAGGUACUUAAUAAAAUUGGAAGGAAUGACUUGGCAAAUCAUUUUUCUAAAACUUUGAAUUCAUCACAAAGUUUUACCAGAACUUCUUCUAAGAAAGAAACUUUGAGUUCACCAGAAAGUUCUUCCAGAACUUCUUCUAAGAAAGAUAUAUCAGAGAUAUGCACAGCACUCAAAAGUUUAUAUCUUUCAAGUUAUGUGAAAAUAAAUGAAGUUCAAGUACCACUAAAAUCACCUGCAAAUGUCAAUUUAAUGCAUAAAUUCGUUGAUCUAUGUAUUGUUGAUGCAGUCAAUGCUCAAACAGAUGCUGUAUUAAGUGAACGAAAAGAAUUUCUUCAAAAGCAAUUGCGUUAUACACCAAUUCCAUAUAGUGAAAUAUUUACGAAAGAUAAAUCUGUAACAAUAAUAUCUGGAAUAGCUGGUAUUGGGAAAACAUGGUUGCUUAGAAAAUGUUUGCUUGAUUGGUCAAAUGGUCUAAUUUGGAAAAAUGUUAAACUUGUGUUUUAUUUGGAAUGCAGAAGGCUUAAUCAAUAUCAAAAUAUUUCUAAUAUUCAUGAAUUACUAAAUGUUUUUUACAAAAUUAUUAUAAAUGAUUUUGAUAUUAGUACUCAUUCUACGCUGUUUAUAAUUGAUGGAUUAGAUGAGUUUAAAUAUCUAAAUGAGUUAAUAAAUUGCAGUUCGAGUUGUAACUAUCCAAUUGUUAAUGUUUUAACAGAAAUUCGAAAAUAUAAGUAUGUAGUUGCUGGUAGAGUUUAUGCAAUUGAUCAGUAUCAAAGUAUAUCUACAGAGGAUUGUGAUAAGAUAAACAUUCAAAUUAUGGGAUUUAAUGAAGGCGGAAUAAAUAACUAUAUAGAAAAUAAUGUUUUAGAGGAAAAAAAAGAUGUUGUGAAAGCAACUUUGAAGGAAUCUGCAAUUGCAAAAUCAAUGUCAUCUGUUCCAUUUUUUUUAUCUUUCAUGUGUAGGAUUAUUAGUAAUUCAAAAAGUUUAUACAAAAAUUCUUUUUUAACAAUGACAGACUUGUAUGCAAAUAUUUUUUUACAUUUUUUGCAAAAACACAUUAUCAAAAACAAUGAAUCGAUUUUUCAAUUUAUGAAAAACAAUUCCAAUAAAGAAUAUAUUUUAAAUAUUUGUAAAAUUGCGUAUCAAUUGUUUGUUGAAAAUAAAGUCAUUUUUUCCAAAGAAGACAUUCAAACUUUUAUCAUUGACUUUGAUAAAAAUGAAGAAACUUUUUUUGGAUUUAUUGAAAGGAUUGAAACAAGUCUAGGUGAAUAUAUUUAUCAAUUUGCACAUUUGACAAUAAUGGAGUUUUGUGCAUCUAUAUAUGCAUAUAAUUGUUUAAGUAGUGAAGAGAUUAUGACUAAUGAAAAGCUGAAGAGUUGUUUAUCAAUGAUUUGUGGUUUGACCAAUAAAAAUCUAAAUAGUUCCUUAAAGUUUCUUGUUAACCUGAAUCCUUUAAAACAAACUUGUGAAGAUUCUUUAUUUUUGUUUUCUAUUUUUGAUCGUCUACUUAAAUUAUAUCGUCAAAGUAAAGAAGAAAACAAUUAUCAACUUGAAACUUAUUACGUUUAUUUAUUCGUUGAAUGUUUUUAUGAAAGUCAAUCAUCAUUAACUGAUGAAAUAAAAUUAAUCGUCGAUGAACAAGAGUGGAAGAUUUCGAUUCACGUUGGAAAAACUUCUUACGAAACUUCUUGUGAAAAUUAUUUCGUAAAUCAUUACAUUAAAUCUGGAAGAAAGUUAUGGCAGUUAAGUGUUUAUAAAAAUAUUUUAAGUGAUGAAGAAAAAAAUCUUAUAAUUAAAUGUUCAACAAAUGUUCGCAUUGUCGGCUUUUUUUGUCCAAUUAAAUUAGAAGGAUUGAAACCGAAAGAUAAGAUUGAAAAGUUGUUCAUAUACAUCUCACAAGAUUUAAUAACGAAAAAAGAUUUUGAAGAAAUUUUUCUUCCGUGGAUUAAUCUUUGUAAAGGAUUACAUCUUUUCCUUCACGACGACAUCGAUUUCAUUGAAGAGAUUUGUGAAUGGAUUCGUUGUUCGAAUGUCAAGAGGUUGUCGAUCAAGUACCGUGGAAAAUAUUUUGAUAACCUCGAUGAAUUAAAAAACUUUAUAACACAGUAUGUUUAAUAUCUUAAAUAAAAU